GAUUCACAUUAUUCUAAAUGUCAACUGAAGUCUCUGAUAUUUCAUAAUAAUUUCAUAUAAAUUGGUUGAAUAUAAUGUGAAAAUUAAUUGAUAAAAUAACUAAAUGCAAAGAAUAUGCACGAUGGAUGACUAGAUAAUCUUUGCAUCUGCAUCGUAAAUUACGUUAACCUCAAUCUAAUAUAAAGAUUUUCUGCUUUGAAAUAAUUGUUUACAAGUAAACUCGAAGUAUGGAACUAAAUACACUAAGAAAAUUCAAAAUGUUUAAUCACCCCAAUUUCUUGAAUUUCCUCAAAUCUAAUAAGAACCACUCUAUUGCAAUAACUCAAUUCAUUGUUGUACGUUGAACUAACAAUAAAUUAUGGGAGGAUCAGUAAGCCAAGUAUUUCAUACUGGAAGUGCUUUAUUAACAAACGGACAUGGUCAUAAAGUAUCCGAUUCUACUAAACAAAAAGUUCAGACAAUUUUUGAUGCUUUGCGAGCCAAUCCUAAAGUUGGUGUACAAAGACUUGAAGGUCUACUGCAACAAAUACCUAAAAAUGAGAAUAUAUUGACCAUCCAUGAUGAAACAGGUUAUAAUUUGCUUCAGAAGUGUGUAGGAGCAAAUAAUGUUGAUCUUGUUCGUUGGUUAUUGGCUAGACACUCAGCAGGAGAAGUAAAUAGAUUUCCUUGUAGUCUUCCAUUACAUAUAGCAUGUCUCAAGGGUCAUGAUGCUUGUGUGGAAAUGCUUUUGAAGCAUGGUGCUAAAAUAGAUGUUGAAGCCAGAAUGUGUUGGCCUGGGCCACACAGUAACAGUUGUGAAGAUAGAGGAAAAUUUUCAUCAGCAUCUAUUCCUCAGGAAGAAACUUGUAUUGAGAGGGAUUCCCGAGACAGGACACCUCUUAGCAAGUUACAGUCUGCUAUAUAUUAUGCUUUGGAUGGUGAUCAUGUAAAUGUGUUGAACAUGAUCUCACAGAAAGCCGAAGAUCUUUGGGUUAGGAAUGGUUUAUUCAGAAGUCGUAAACCACUUUUGCAUGCAGCUUGUGAAAGAGCAGCAUGGCGUUGUACUCAAUUCAUCGUAACUGAGAGAAGUGAAGAAAUACAUGUUCUUAAAGAUGAAUAUUACCCUAUACAUUAUGCCGUUCUACAUGAUAACAAGUUUUUAGAAUUAUUGAUUAACGCAGGUGCUGACACUACUGUAAGGACAACUACCCAACAAAUGACGCUGCUUCAUGUUGUAUUAUUGGUGGCACACAAGUCUGCCGAAGACACUUUAGCUACGAUACGUUUACUCUUAGAUCACGGUUGCAAAGAGCUGAUCAAUGCCCCAGAUAGUUUAGGAAACACGCCACUGCAUGCUCUUAUAGUUCGUUAUGCUUUGGAGGAUUCACAAUAUGGAUACGACAGGUGGAACAAAUGGGAUGUACUGCAUCUGGUCCGCUACCUCAUACAAGCAGGUGCAAAACAAUCGAUCAAUCAUUCUGGCAAUUCGGCUAUAGCUUGUGUCCUCAGACAUGUUCGACAUGAUUGGGAUGUUUGUUACGAACUGCUGACCAUGCUUUUGCAUGAAGGUGGUGAUCCCAACAUGGUAGGACGGGACGGGUCCGACUCUUUAAUGGUGUGUUUAAUACCGCUUAUAAAUAAGGAUCCCCUCCACCACUUCACUCACAAUAUGAAGGUUUGCUAUCUGAACUGUAUCAGAAUCCUUUUGAAAGGAGGUGCAAAUCCUAACUGCAGCUAUCGAGGCAACCUCACACCUCUUCAUGUUCUGGUUUUUACCGUAUCAGAAAACAUAACCUUGAAUUGCGAAGAACAAAAGGAACAGAAUUUUGAAUUCAUCAAGAAUUUAUUGAUUUUAUUACUGACCCAUGGUUUAGAUCCGAACAUAAGAGUGAACAGAAGAAACCAAAAUAUAUUACAAUCGUGUAUGGAUAUGAUACAGAAUGUGAGGGAAUGUAAGGAUAUCCUCUAUAUGUACGACUUGACACUGACUCUAAUCCAAUAUGGUGCUAAUCCAGAUCUGAGCCUCAAUAUUUCAGAAGCAAUAAAAAACCAUCCUCUGCAUUUGCAGUCACAGUGGAAACAGAAGAAUUUCAUUUUAUAUUACUAUGUGAUGUUAAUAUCGGGAAAAGAGAAUCUCAUAAUGGACCCCAAAAUGACCUUUUCCAAAAUAAUUAACCUGUUUCAUCAAGUAAUGAGUCACAAACCUUUAUUUGAAUGUUUAAAGAUCCUUCAUACACAGCAGUUGAGUCUCGUGCCAGGAAAAACGACUGAGCCCUUGACAAAUAUCAUAACGGACUUAUACAACAAACCAAGAACUUUGAAGCAGAUUUGUAGAGUUAAAAUUUUAAUUUGCCUAGACAGAAGACCAGGGUUGUACAUAAAUAAGCUGAAUUUGCCAAAUCAACUCAAGGAUUACAUUUUAAACUGUGAAUUGUAGGACGGCAUAAAAAUUAUAUUUGUUGAAUAUGAUAGAUGCCCAAUUGUUCAUCUUCAAGCCAAUCAUAACCAUGUGCUUGUUUUGUAUUUAAUCCACCAGUCCAGAAAUUCGAACAUAAAUGUGCAAAAAUUUCAAAAUAAAUUGAUAGUGUUGAAUGUUCAAUAAUUCUUGAAAUAUAUUAGAAAAGUUUUAUUGA